GAUCUCAUCAAAUUCAACCGAAAUCGCGAACGCGCGGCUAACCGCUCUGCUCCAGCCAAAGAAGGCGAUACCACGGUCCCAUCCACAGCAGAAACGGAGGCCAAGGGCGUCGGACUUUCGGUGGACGAUGUGGAGACCCUGGUCUGUCGUAUCCUCGACUCCAACAAGAAUGCCAACCUGCGUCUGUUCACGGAUGCUGAACUGAGCAAGGGCCUGCGACACUUUGUCGACCAGAUCGACGGCAGUGGAAUCAAGACCGUGGUGGACGCCGUGGUCGCUAAUACUCAGAGUCACCUGUGUGUACAUCAGUGCACUGAGGAACGAGUCCCCUCUGAGGUCGCCCGCUACAUGCUUACUCGAAAGCGCGAAGCUUCCCUCACUGGAGGUAAGGCUGCAUUGCUUGCCUUUUGA